AUGUCUGGGUCAUCUUCUUCUAUCUCGUUAUCUUGGGAAGAUAGAGAAAGAGAGAGAGAAUCAUCUAUGGCUAGUGCUAAGAACAAGGGAAAAUCCAUCAGGAGUCUAAGUUACAACGAAGGAGAGAAAAUGGAUGAGAUGGAGUUGGAGGAGGAGCUCCGAUUUAGUAGCGGCAAGAGUAAAGAUUCGGGUUCUGGAUCCGACAUUUGGAAGCCGUUUCUCGGAGAAGCUUCCUCGACGUCCCAGAGAAGCCUUAGAAAGACAAGGACCCUUGACCGGCACAGUCCUUAUCUCUUAUCCCCCUCUUAUGCGACUCCUCCUGAUCAGCCGCCAACAGCAACUACAUCCCCUGUCACUGUGACUUUUCCCUUUUCCCUCGCUCCAAUUAUUCAGAAUCAGCGACAGUUUUCUUACCCGAAUCCGAGUGACCCGGCAAGGCAGACACAGAUGAUCUCCUUCGGUCCUCAAGUGCCAUUCUUAAACGCACAGCAACAUCAACAGCAACAGCAACAGCUGCUGCAGUACUGGAGAGACAUUCUGAAUCUGAGCCCGAGCGGAAGAAUGAUGAUGCUGAACAUGCUAAGACAAGAAGGUGAUCUGCCACUUGCACUGCAACUGGGGAGGGCCCCCAUCCAACCCUUCAGCGCCACCAAGCUGUACAGAGGGGUCAGACAACGGCACUGGGGGAAAUGGGUCGCCGAGAUCCGUAUGCCAAGAAACAGGACACGUCUCUGGCUCGGCACCUUCGAUACAGCAGAGCAAGCCGCCAUGGCCUACGACCGGGAGGCCUUCAAGCUGAGGGGGGAGACCGCCAGGCUUAAUUUCCCGGAGCUUUUUCUGAAUAAGCAAGAGUCGAUUCCGGUGCAUGGGAAACAGUACGAUACGCCAGAGGCCAGUGAGGAGACGAGGGAGAAUGAUUCGAGUGUGACAGUGGAUGAGGUGAGUGAGGAGACGGGGUGGGCUGAGGCAUGGUUCAAUGCCAUUCCAGAGGAGUGGGGACCUGGAAGCCCUCUCUGGGAUGAUUACCACUUUCCCAUUUCUUCUUAUAACCACAAGGAGAAGGGAAAUGAUACGGAAAAGGAGAAAACAGUGAAGAAAGAUGAAAUUUGUCUUCCAAAUUAG